GCCUACGCAGGCUCGUGACGCGGGGGCUGGGACGGGGCUUCGGGGACUGAGCGGGCGCUGCUGCUGUGCGAGCGUCUUCUGCGUCUUUGGUUUAAUUUAUUUUUGGAAAUCAAGUUCAAUAUUAAAAAGAAAAAAAGCACACAUUAUUGGAAGCCAUUUCUACUAAUUCGUUACAUUUUAACUUAUGAUUUGAUUUGAAUACUGUCAUGGGAGGAGCUGUGAGUGCUGGGGAAGAUAAUGAUGACUUAAUUGAUAACCUUAAAGAAGCUCAGUACAUCCGAACUGAAAGAGUAGAGCAAGCCUUCAGAGCCAUUGACCGCGGAGAUUACUAUCUGGAAGGCUACAGAGACAAUGCUUACAAAGACUUAGCCUGGAAGCACGGGAACAUACACUUGUCAGCACCUUGCAUUUAUUCUGAAGUUAUGGAAGCUUUGAAACUUCAACCAGGAUUAUCUUUUCUUAACCUGGGAAGUGGAACCGGAUAUUUAAGUACAAUGGUGGGCUUAAUUUUAGGUCCUUUUGGAAUAAAUCAUGGGAUUGAACUUCAUUCAGACGUGGUGGAGUAUGCCAAGGAAAAACUGGAGAGCUUCAUCAAAAAUAGUGACAGCUUUGAUAAAUUUGAAUUCUGUGAACCCGCAUUUGUGGUGGGUAAUUGCCUUCAGAUAGCUUCUGACAGUCAUCAGUAUGAUCGGAUUUACUGUGGCGCUGGAGUCCAGAAGGACCACGAAAACUACAUGAAGAUCUUACUCAAAGUUGGAGGCAUAUUGGUCAUGCCCAUAGAGGAUCAGUUGACACAGAUUAUGCGGACUGGACAAAACACUUGGGAAAGUAAAAAUAUCCUUGCGGUUUCCUUUGCACCACUAGUACAGCCUAGUAAGAAUGAUAACGGCACACCAGACUCUGUGGGACUCCCCCCGUGUGCUGUCAGGAAUCUCCAAGACUUGGCUCGUAUUUACAUUCGGCGUACCCUUAGAAACUUCAUAAAUGAUGAAAUGCAGGCCAAGGGGAUUCCACAGAGGGCUCCACCCAAGAGGAAAAGAAAGAGAGUUAAACAGAGAAUUAAUACUUACGUAUUUGUAGGUAAUCAGCUUAUCCCUCAGCCUCUAGACAGUGAAGAGGAUGAGAAAAUGGAAGAAGACAGCAAAGAAGAAGAGGAGAAGGAUCCCAGCGAAGCCAUGAAGCGCGAGGAGCCACCUCAGAACCUGCUGAGGGAGAAGAUAAUGAAGCUGCCACUGCCGGAGUCUUUAAAGGCUUACUUGACAUAUUUUCGAGACAAAUAACUUAAAACGAGGAAGAAUGCCUACUGAUAAACUCCCUUACUCUUGUAAAUGUAGUGUUAAUUAGGAGCUAGAGAAUUACUUCAUUAGAAUGAAUUAUUGUAGAAAAAAAGCAUAAGUUAUUUCUCUUAAUGACAGAAAUGAUGUAUUCAGUGAUUUAAAAGAGUCUCUUUCCUAAAAUCUAUUUUUCUUAAAUCUUGAAGAAUUACUGUUUUGAUUUCAAAGUGGGAUGGAUCAAUACUAAGAACUUUGUAUGCAGUACUCUUUCUGGUUCUUUGUGGAUUUGUAGUAUU